AUGCGAAUUCUAGUCACACAUCAAAUCCAAUUCAUACGAAAAGCAACACAAAUACUGGUCUUAAGCUCAGAGGGCCGGUGCCUGGGGUUGGGCUCAUACGACGAGCUCCAGUUUCAGGGAAUCGAUUUCAUGGCUAUACUGAUAGAUGUGGAACAGGAGGCCGAACACGACAAACAGGAACGGGAGCUCAUGAGGCCGUUCUCCGUAAAUAGUUACGAUGCGGAACAGAACCCAACCCCUAAUGAGACACUCCUGACGGAGUCGAUCAACGACAGGGUCCGGAGGCACUCCCGGAGCACAUCUGUGGCUCAGACCGAGAACCUCGAAGUCUCCGACAUUAUGGGCGAUGAGGAGGACUACUCGCAUGAGCCCAGGAUUCAGGAGGAGAACCGGGAGGUGGGCUCUAUCGGGGGGCACAUCUACUAUGAAUACUUUACAGCCGGCGCCGGACCCAUACUGUUCACGAUUACCCUGUUGUCGACAUUGAUAUCUCAGGCCAUGGUGGUAUAUUCCGUAUACUCGCCGAUUAUGGUUGACAUGAAAUACAUACUCAACACUACUAUGAAAUGGGUGUCACUGUUCAUCACAUUUGAAACCAGUGGUUAUAUUGUGGGAACUUUCGAGCUGUGGAGGGGCACUAAGUUCCCGAUCGUACAGAUCCAUUCGGUGUCCUUUGGUAUCGGUUCCGUACUCUGCACUCAAGCAUUGAAGCCAUACCUCGUGGGCGAAGUGGACAAUGAGUCCAAAAACGAGACAAUGGUUUUUGACAACGAGUUAAGGAUUAAUGAAAACGAUGUGAUAGAUAGGCGAUCGCGACUCAUGUUUCCCAUAUUCCUGAUCGGCGCCUGUAUUAUAAUCAUACCGAUAUCUCUGUUCAUAAUGUAUUGUCUAAAGCCAUACAAAAUGCCAAAAGAGAAGGACGAGGAUGAGAGUCAUGAAAACCAAACCACAAAUGAUGGCAAUAAUAAUGAUAAUAACGAUAAAGUGAUAGACUUUUCUGAAAAGUUAUUCAACGCGAAGGAUACCCCGCGCGCAUGGAUUGGACUCUUAUUUGCGUUAACCUUCUCCUUGUAUGCCAUUUAUGAGGCGGUGUUCAUGAAGUUUGCGGUCACUUACUACCAGUACUCACCGCUCAGACUAUCGGCUCAAAGUGCAACCAAUAUAUACUCGACAUCCAUAGCCAUCUACUCGGCCGGACUCGUCAUGAAUAUAUUCUAUCCGUACAAGUUUCAAUUGAAAACAAUAUUAAGCGCACAUAUUAUGCUUGUGUUUACGGGUACAGUAUUCUUGAUUCCGGGCCGGUAUUCAAUGGUAUGCCUAUGGGUGGCCAGUAUUUGCACGUGUCUGGGCUUUUCAGCCAUGUAUGCCGGGAUCGUGGCGUUCACUGAACUACACAUGGGAUUCACUAAUAAACUGAGUGCCACAUUCAGACUACUCAAAGGAUUAUUCACCCUGGUCACACCGUUUAUUGUCGGAAAUUAUAUUGAGGAUUAUUCCGUGAUAUUCAUAAUUAUGGAAUUUGUUUACUUGUCACUUUUUAUCACCCUG